UUGAUUCUUUUCAUGAUGUCAGUCAGAUCCGGUGCCAGUGCCUACGAGUGUCACACAGAGACAGUAACUUGGUUUGAGGCCUCAGAGCAGCACGUUCAGCGAGGCAGAUCGACCACAAACGCCGCUCGUCUUGUUUUUCGUCGGCCAAAGACAAGCAGCGCCGGUGCCAGCAUGGUGCUUCACAUCGUGAGCUCCUUCGUGGGGCUGAUCACGGCCCAGCUACACACGAAGACAGAUGGAGCCGUGUUCCGUCUUCACUACCGCUGGACUACCUCCUUCUGCUUCCUGUCCUGCGCUCUUGUCUCUGCCACGGAGUACAUCGGGAGCGCCAUCCAGUGUCUCGGGACAGGGAACGACGCAGCGCCCAAGGCCGUCAACACCUACUGCUGGAUCACGUCGACCUACACCCUCAACACUGCCACUAUUAAUGGUUCGUACUACCUGUCCCGGGGGAGUAAAUUCAGCGGCAUCGGCACCCCAGGCCAGGAUAACACAGUCUACCACAACUACUACCAGUGGGUGCCCUUCUUCCUCUUCUUCCAGGGAUGUUUGUUCUAUUUACCUCACCUCAUCUGGAAAACCAUGGAGGGGAAGACGGCAGACAAACUCCUGCAGGGAUUGCAGUUUAAUGCAAUGGACGAGGAGGGAGAGCAGAAGAAGGCAAACAUUGUCAAGUACCUAAGGGAUUCCCGGGGCCACAACAUGGUCUACGCCUUCACCUACCUUGCGUGCGAGGCUCUCAACUGGUUAAACGUCAUCGUGCAAAUGCUGCUGCUUGAUGUCUUCCUAGGCGGCGUGUUUCUGGAGUACGGGUUGAAGGUGAUGUCUCCUGAGAUCCGCAGCUCCGCCCUCCACUCCACCUUCCCCAGGAUGACCAAGUGCGACUUCAAUUACUACGGGACUGGCGGAGAGAUUACCAAGACAGACUACCUGUGCGUGCUGCCCCAGAACAUCCUCAACGAGAAAAUCUUCAUCGCCUUGUGGUUCUGGCUCACCAUUCUGGCCACCAUCACCGCCGUGGAGGUGAUCUGGCGCGUCGCGGUGGCUGCCAGCCCAGUGGUCCGAGUGCAGAUGAUGGAGCGCCGCGGGAAACUUGUCGCUGAUCCUAAGCUGGAGACGGUCCUGCGCUGCCUGCCAUUGGGUGACUACUGCCUGCUGGAGGUCCUCGGCACCAACCUGGACGCCACCAACUUCAAGGACAUCCUGCUCACCUACUCCAACUGCAACGACAACUCAGUGCUACCCAACGGAGACAAGACCUACCGCCCCUACAGUCACCUGGACGAGGUGGACAGCGAGGCCGUGAUGGAGGCCAGGGUGUAGGGACCAGUGGGACCAGUGUAGGGACAAGGGGCAAGACAAGACAUCCACAUCCCCCCUUUUUUUUUUUUUUAAAGAUUGGAUAAGAACACACACGAACACACACACAUACACACACACACACACACACACACACACACACACACACACACACACACACACACACACACACACACACACACACACACACACACACACACAAAU